AUGAGGGAGACGGGCAUGUCGGACCUGCCUGACGACUGUCUCGCGUGCGUCCUCUCCUUCCUGCCUCCCGCCCUCAUCGCCCGCUCUGCCUCGGUCUGCUCGGCUUGGCGCGCUGCUGCGGCGUCCCCGCAUGCGUGGCGGCGCGUGCUGCCGGACCUCUGCCGCCACGCUUGCUUCACCGCGCUGCCGCUCGCCUCCCGCGACCCGCUCCCGCGCGCGUGGUGCCGCGCGCUGUGCCGCGGGGUGCUGCUGGACGGCGAUGCGUUCCACGCCCGCAUGGACCCCCGCACCGCCAAGCUCACUGUGAGCGUGAGUAUAGCGAAGGCGUGCGAGAUUGUGGGGAUGGACGACCGUGACCGUGACUACUGGCACAUGGAAACGCGUGGUAACACCACUGGCGCGUUGUUUCCCGACGUGGCGCACCUGCUCACGAUAUGCUGGUUCGAAGUCAGGACCGUUCCUCCCGUGGCGCUGCCGUUCCCCCUGCGCUGCGGGGUGUACGACGUUGCAUGGCGCGUCUCCCGCGACCCGUCGCACGACGAGUACGCACGGGCAAUAUGCGGGCAGCAGAGGCAUGCGCGGGUGCUGGAUGAAGGUGGGGACGAAUGGGAGGAGGAGGAGGAUGGCGAGGAGGAGGAUGGCGAGGAGGAGGAUGGCGAGGAGGAGUUGGAGGGAGGGACGGGGGGGGUGCAUGACGGAGAACAGCCAGCAGGUUCGAGAGGGACGCCCGAAGCAAGGAAUAUCUCGCAAGUGGUCGGUGGCGGUGGCGGUGGCGGUGCAGGAAACCCAUUUCACCGCAUGGUGGGGAUGAUGCGGCGGUUAAUAGGGCGGGAGCACGGGGUGCAGGCACGGCGCACUGAGAAUGUGAAUCGGGGUCAGCACGGCAGAGAGCAGCAGCAGGACUGGGAGAGGAGGAGGGGGGCAUUGAGGCGAGUGGAUAGGCACUGUGCGUUCAAGUGGGUACGGAACCCUGCAUUGAGCAACGUGAGGGAGGAGGGGAGUGCCGGGGGAGGGGAAGGCGCGCAGAGGCGGCUGCAAAUCUCCACCGCCACCAUCCCCGUGCUGCCUGACUGGACCACCCUGCCUGCCGGCCGUGUGACCUUCAGGGGGGCAACGGCAGGGGAGACGGCAGUGGCUCCCACGCUGAAUAUGCGCCUGUGGGAGACGGAGAUGUCUCGCGUGCGUCUUCUCCUCCUGCCUCCCGCUGACAUCGCCCGCUCUGCCUCGGUCUGCUCGGCUUGGCGCGCUGCUGCCGCGUCGCCGGAUGCAUGGCAGCGCGUGCUGCCGGACCUCUGCCGCCACGCUUGCUUCACCGCGCUGCCGCUCGCCUCCCGCGACCCGCACCCGCGCGCGUGGUGCCGCGCGCUGUGCCGCGGGGUGCUGCUGGACGGAGGGGUGUUCCACGCGCGCAUGGACCCCGUAACCGCCAAGCUCAGGGUGAGCGUGAGUAUAGCGAAGGCGUGCGGGGUUACGUGGAUGGGCGACCCUCGCUACUGGCACAUGGAGACGGGGGGUAACACCACUGGCGCGGUGUUUCCCGACGUGCCGCAUCUGCUAACGGUAUGCUGGUUCGAUAUCAACGGACACGUGGCGCUGCCGUUCCCCCUGCGCUGCGGGGUGUACGACGUGGCGUGGCGCGUCUCCCGCGACGCCGAGUAUGCAUGGGCAGCAAGCGGGCAGCGGAGUCGCUCGUUCAUGUGGAACGGGCUCCCUUUAUGGAGCAACGUGAAGGAGGAGGGGAGUGCUGGGGGAGGGGGAGGCACGCAGAGGCAGCUGCAAAUCUCCACCACCACCAUUGCUGUGCUGCCUGACUGGACCACCCUGCCUGCCGGCUGUGUGACCAUCAAGGGGGCAACGCCAGGGGAGUCUGACAGCACGUUCCAGCCAUUCACGCCGCAAGCAGUCGGCUCCAUCGCGCUCCCAUUGGAAACCCUCCCCUCCGAUUUCUUCCUUUCCCCCUCUGCGAACGCCGGCGCAAGCCGCGCGAGAAACGGCGGGUACCCCUUAGAGGCGGCGGUCGUGUGGGAUGGCGCAACCUCGCAGACACCACCACCUCUUCCUUCCCCCCAUUAUCCAUCGCACGCUUACCCAUCGCCGGCGUACCCAUCACCCGCCGCUUACCCAUCAUCGGCCGUAGCGUACCCAUCGCCCGCGUACCCGUCCUCCGCGUUCUGGUCGCCGACGGGCCUGUCGCCUGGCUCCGCAGCCGCCGCUUUCGUGCAAUCCAUCAACGCGCACUCCAUAAACGUCGCUUGCUUCUAUGGCGGCGGAUCGUCCGAGUCGCCCCUGUCCCUCCCCACGGUAGCAGAAGAUGAAACGCAGGAAGGGCUCGCAUCGACUACCCCCCCUCCCUGUGACUACGACUCCUCUUUCCUCGCGCACCUGCUCCUCCCUCCGCUGCUCACUCUCCCUCAGUCGCCGAUUCCCCGGUAUGCUGCGGUGUGUGAACCCUCUCACCAGCCCGCUCGCUCCUCCCAGGACCUUCCUGUGGAGGGAGAGGGAGGAAGUGAGGGGGCAGAAGGCGGGGGAGUGAAAGGUGGGUCGGGGGAAGAGAAACUCAUCGUUCUGCCCACCUCAGGGCUGAUCCACGUGCAGACACCCGUGGUGCCCACAUCGCUGCCAUUCACACUGCAAGACAUGAAUGUCAAGUUCAGGGACGUGGCAGCAGGCACGGCGAGGGUGGUCACGCCCAUGGGGCAUGAAGCGACCACGUGCCAUGGAUGCUCUGUGCUCGACCGCCUGCUCCACACAAACGGUGAGUCUCCCCCCUUGCCCCUGUCAUUGUUCACACUGCAAGACAUGAAUGUCAAGUUCAGGGACGUGGCAGCAGGCAUGGCGAGGGUGGUCACGCCCAUGGGGCAUGCAGCUGCCACGUGCCAUGGAUGUUCCGUGCUUGAUCGCCUGCUCCACACCAACGGUCUGUACGACACGCGUCUGGAGGUGCAUAUGGGGGCAGGCAGCGAUGCAGACGUGCACGCCGUGCUGCUCACACGCUUCAGCUCCCACGUGCCACAACCACAGCCGCAGCAGCAGCAGCAGCAGCAGCAGCAGCAGCAGCAGCAGCAGCAGCAGCAGCAGCAGCAGCAGCAGCAGCAGCAGCAGCAGCAGCAGCAGCAGCAGCAGCAGCAGCAGCAGCAGCAGCAGCAGCAGCAGCAGCAGCAGCAUCAGCAGCAGCAGCAGCAGCAGCCGCUGUCGCUGCCUCCGAGCAUGGUGGUUUCUGAGGCGCCCAAGACAGAGAGCACCACCGAAUCCGGCCUGGUGGGCAUCUCUUCAGUCUCCGGCUUGGGACGGCACGAGGCGGAGGGAGGGGCGAGGAGAGGGGCGGAGCGGAACGGCAGCAGCAGCAUGAGCAACGCCGUGUGGAGUGCUAACGGGUGCCAUCCCCGGUCCGAGUCCAUUUUCGAGGCGCCUCAGAAAUGGAGUGCCAACGGAUGCAGAAGCAGAAACAGCAACAGCAGGAGCAGUCAGGGAGGGGCGGUGACCGAGGUGGGGGAAGGUAAGGAGGGAGAGGAAGGGGAUGAGGAAGGGGGAGAUGGGGCGGAGAGGGAUGAAGGAGAGGAAGAGGGAGAGGAGGAGGGGGAUGGGGAAGAGGAGGCGGAGGGCGAGGAGGAGGAUGAGGGGGAGGAGGAGGGUGGUAUGGUGGAGCGGCUGAGGGGGGGAUCAGACGCAUCUCACUACUACCUCUCCCCUGUCCCUCUCCCACACUUAUUCUUCCCCCCCUCUCCCUUCCCAACCCCUACCACCCUGCCCCACCCUUCUCUUCUCCACCCCGCCCCACCCUACCACACCCCGCCCCACCCCUCUCCACCACUCUCCAUCCCUCCCAGCCUACCAGACGACUCCCCGGCCCUACCAGACGACUCCCCGGCGUUCAUAGCGCAUCUGCUGCUGCACUACGACGAGCAGCGCCAUGGGGACGGCUUUGUGCUCUGCCACCACUCCUUCAGCCCCUCGCUGCACCUCUCCCGCCUCCACCCCUUCUUCUCCCACUGCCCCGCUCCCCCACACCCCUCCGAAUGCCCCGGUACCACGCCAAACCCCUCUCACUGCGGUUCCCCUCCAACGCACCGCAACUACCGCUGCCCCGAUUCCCCUCACCAGUCUGAUUGCCCAAUUCCUGAUUCUCCUUCUGCCACUGCUGCUGCUUCUGAGCAUGUUGCUGCUGUUCCUGGUGCCUUGUUGGGUGGUGCGGGGUUGAGCGCCGUUGAGGGCGAGGAGAGACGAAGGGGGGUAGAGGAGGUGUGGGAGGAAGGGGUGGAGGAGGAGAUGGAGAGGGGUUGGCAGGGGUACCAGGCUGCUGUGUGCGAUGAUGCAAGGGAAAAGUCAGGCCGCAUUCAGCUGCCCGACCUCGCAAAACAUUUCCACCUGCCCAUCAACGAGGCUGCCCGGGAGCUGGGCAUCUGCCCGACGGUUCUGAAAAAGAUUUGCCGGCGCCAUGGCAUGCGGAGGUGGCCACAUCGCAAGAUCCGCAGCAUAGAGCGCAUCAUAGCGACUCUUGAGGAAACGAUCGCCGGAGGGGCACCAGCAGACGAGAGCAUUCUGCGGGAGAUCAAGUCGCUGAAGGAGGAGAAGAAGAGGCUGUGCGACGGGCACUUGGGAGACCUGCGUCUCAAGGAGGAGAAGAAGAGGCUGUGCGACGGGCACAUGGGAGACCUGUGA